GCCGCAGUGCUCUCCCCAGGACCACUAGGAUGGGGUUACCCCUGACCCAGGGGUGCUCACAGGGGAACACUCGCAACACACACACACACACACACACUCCCUCUCACGCUCCUAUCUAAUUCAGAGCUCCAGGGUCCUAAAGGAGUCUUUGGAAGUAGAAGCCGGCACCAGAUUCCUAGUCCCUGCAAGCCCCUGACAGUUGGACAGGUGACCUCCAGAUUACAGACAGAGUCUCCAGAGGUAGAGGCUUUAGUGGACGAAAUUCGCAAAAUAACCAUCUCAGAUCCUGCGAAGGAGAGAGAAGAAACUGGACGCAGUUCACCUCUUCAGACCCACACUUCAUCGCCCCACCCCUUUUCUUUCCAGGUCACCAUGUCUGCAGGCAACGUCACCCCUUGGGGGUCAUCAGCGGCUGGGGAGGAGGUCUGGGUAGCAUCAGGAGUAGAGGUGGAGGGCGCAGAGCUGCCCACCUUCUCAGUUGCCACCAAGGUGCGAGUGGGAGUGACUGUCGUGCUGUUUGUUUCUUCGGCUGGAGGGAACCUGGCCGUGCUGUGGUCAGUGACACGACCGCAACCCAACCAGCUCCGUCCCUCUCCGCUUUCCUGCCUGUGGGUCAUUGGGCUCGACCGCCAGGCAGCCGUACUCCACCUGUUUGGACCGCACUCAGCUGGAAGGAAACUUCUUGGGGUAGCCUGGGGACUCAGCUUCCUGCUUGCCUUGCCCCAGGCUCUACCAUUAACUAGCUGGAUGACUGGCUGAAACACUUGAAAUGCAUAGACCACAAGAUUAUGAAAUAGAUGAAUUUCAUCCUUCCUUGUAGCCUAACAAUCCAACAAUGCAAUUUCUAUUUGCUUCAAUAGCAAACUGAUGGUAACAUGAUUCAGGUGCAAAAGAUGUUAUUUUGGGUUCCAAAUUAUCAACCUCUUGUAUAAAUUCUGCAAUGCCCAUAUGUUGCAUUUAAAAUAUGUAAAAAAAAAAAAUUGUUAGCAUGGUCAAGGGAAUAUUGGUGUAGUUAGAAAUUAUUUUCGUAGACUCAUUUCCAGGUAUCAGAAGUAAAGGUUUCUAUAGUAGGUGGUAAAAUAUAAAAUGCAUAUAAAAUAGUCAGAGGCUGGACUAAAAU